CGAUACGCCUCCGAUCGAAAUAAAAGCUCUUCUAAAGGAGGAUACCAUAGGAGUGGCCUUGCCACGUUUUAUUAUGUAAUCAAUUAUAUUUGUUGAAUAAAUGGGCUUGGCCCUCGUUUGCAUAAAUAAAAAAAUAAAAAAAUAAAAAAAAGUGACUAUAGGUGUCAGAAACUAACCCGAUUCGAAAUCGCCCCGUAAAAAACCAAAUUCAGAUCUCUACUUGAAUGGACAUAAUAAUUUAACAUGACUCAACUUUAAAACAAACUCAAUCUGACCUGACCCGAUCUGAUCCAAAUACCUGAAUUGAUACCUCUACUUGUUACCUACAACCGUUUCGGGUCGACCCAUUUUCGUGCGUGCCAACUCAACUCGUCUCCUCAUCAGUGAGUCAACUCACCAUCUUGACUUGUAAAACCCCCAUCCUCAGUCCACCCACCAUCCCUAACCUCACUCUCAAUUUCGCUGCGAUCCAUCCCCCCCCCCCCCAAAUCUCCCACUUUCCCCCAACAAUGGCGCUACCCCAUCUCACCACCACCAUCUUCCUCCUCUCCCUCCUUCUCUCUCUCUCCUCCACCACCCCCACACCAACCGACGACCUCAUCUCCGAGCUCCAACACCUCCAAUCCGCCGCACCCAACGGCGUCCUCCGCCUCACCGACCAACUCCUCGGCCGCAUCCUCUCCCUCCCUCGUCCUCGCCCUUUCUCUCUCCUCAUCUUCUUCGAUGCAACCCAACUCCACGACAAAUCUGAACUCCAACUUCCAACCCUCAAAUCUGAAUUCUCCAUUCUCUCUAAAUCAUUCCUCCAUAACAACAAAGACUCCCCUGAUUCCCAGAAACUCUUCUUCUGUGACAUCGAAUUCAAGGAUUCUCAACGAUCUUUCAGCUUAUUUGGGGUUAAUUCACUACCCCACAUUCGCCUCGUUUCGCCCCAUGUCGAAAAUCUCAAGAACUCGGAUCAUAUGGAUCAGGGUGACUUCUCUCGACUCGCUGAAUCAAUGUCCGAGUUCGUCGAGUCAAAGACCAAACUCACUAUUGGCCCUCUUCAACGCCCACCCAUGUUCUCUGGUAAGCAGAUUACCUUCUUCUUAAUCGUUUUGAUGAUUUGGGCACCUUUUGCUGUGAAAAAGAUUCUAGCAGGUCAGACAUUGUUGCAUGAUUAUAAGCUAUGGUUGUUUAGUGCUAUAUUUGUAUACUUUGUUAGUGUUUCUGGGACUAUGCAUAACAUUAUUAGGAAGAUGCCAAUGUUUAUAACUGAUAGAAAUGAUCCUUCAAAGUUGGUGUUCUUUUACCAAGGUUCUGGGAUGCAAUUGGGUGCUGAGGGUUUUGCUGUUGGGUUUUUGUAUACUGUUGUUGGUUUGCUUCUUGGGUUUGUUACCCAUGGACUUGUUAAGAUUAGGAGUGUCACCUUUCAACGGUUUGCAAUGGCCGUGGCUUUGAUCGUCUCGUUCUGGGCUGUGAAGAAGGUUGUGUAUCUAGAUAACUGGAAGACUGGGUACGGCAUUCAUGCUUACUGGCCUUCGAGCUGGUGAUCGAGGUGAUGGUAAUCGAUAUUUAGUGUUGAGGAAAUGUUGGUUGCUAAGAACAUUGUGUUAGAUUGUAACCAUGACGAUUUUUGUUAUUGCUCGGGACAUAUACAUGGAAUGAAAACUUCUAGUUAUAGUUUCUUGAGUUGUGCCUCCUUUGAUUGAUUUUGUUUGGUUUAUGGCUUAUACUACAGAUUUUUAUUUAGCU